AGAUACUCAGCUUAAAAAGCGAGCAGGAAGAGAAGGCUUUCUAAGGCGAUCGCUCCAGGAAAUCGGGGCCUCUGGGAUUGUCCUUUUAUUCCUGUGAGACACUGGGAGAUUAGGUCAGCAACAACAUGAGCCUGAGCAGGAGCAGGUUUGCUGGGAGACCGGAGGAGAUGGAGACCAGAGAGCAGCAAAAGGAGCGCGUUCUGAAACAAAGGCAAGUCCUGAUUCUCUUUGUUUUGCUGUGCAUAGCUCAGGCUGGUUCCGAGCCUAGGCACUAUUCAGUGGCCGAGGAAACGGAGAGUGGCUUCUUUGUGGCUAACUUGUUAAAAGACAUUGGGUUGGAAGUAGGAGAACUAGCUGCCAGGGGAGCCCGGGUCGUUUCUAAAGAAAAAAAAUUACGUUUGCAUUUAGACAGGCAGACCGGGGAUUUGUUGUUAAAUGAGAAACUGGACCGGGAGGAGCUGUGCGGCCCCACCGAGCCCUGUGUGCUACCUUUCCAGGUGUUACUGGAAAAUCCCUUGCAGUUUUUUCAGGCCAAGCUACAGGUUAGAGACAUAAAUGAUCAUUCCCCGGUUUUUCUAGACAAGGAAAUGACUUUGAAAAUUCCAGAAAGUGUCACUCCUGGAAGUACUUUUCUACUAGAACGUGCGCAGGAUUUAGAUGUAGGAACCAACAGUCUCCAAAAUUACACAAUUAGCCCCAGUUUCCACUUCCAUCUCAAAUUACAAGGCAGUCCUGAUGGCGUAUUACCACAGCUGGUGCUCGACAAAGCGCUGGAUCGCGAGGAGCAUCCUGAGGUAAGGUUCACCCUCACAGCGCUGGACGGCGGGACUCCACCCAGGUCCGGCACUGCUCUGGUACGCAUUGAAGUCGUGGACGUCAACGACAACGCCCCAGAGUUUGCAAAGCUGCUCUAUGAGGUGCAAGUCCCAGAGAAUAGCCCUGUGGGUUCCCAGGUUGUCACUGUUUCUGCUAGGGAUUUGGACAUUGGAGCCUAUGGAGAAAUAUCUUACGCAUUUUCCCAAGCCUCUGAAGACAUUCGAAAAACAUUUCAAAUAAAUGCAAAAUCGGGAGAACUUCUUUUAACACAGAAACUAGAUUUCGAAUCGGUUCAGACUUUUACAGUGAAUAUUCAGGCGACAGAUGGUGGGGGCCUUACUGGAAGUUGUGUGGUGUUUAUCCAAGUGAUGGAUGUGAAUGACAACCCUCCAGAACUGACCAUGUCCACACUUAUCAAUCAGAUUCCAGAAAACUUGCAGGAGACCGUCAUUGCUGUAUUCAGUGUUUCAGAUUCUGACUCAGGAGACAACGGAAAGAUGGUUUGCUCCAUCCAAGAUGGUCUUCCUUUCUUCCUGAAACCCUCUGUUGAGAACUUUUACAGUCUAGUGACCAGCACAGCCCUGGACCGGGAGAUCAGAUCAGAGUACAACAUCACCAUCACGGUCACCGACCUGGGGACUCCCCCGCUGAAGACCCAGCACCACGUCACCGUGCGGGUCUCCGACGUCAACGACAACGCCCCCGCCUUCACCCGGGCCGUCUACACCCUGCUGGUCCGCGAGAACAACCGCCCCGCCCUGCACAUCGAGUUUGAAACUGCAAGUGAACGCAUGGUGGCGCUGUUGACUAAGAAGGCGAAUAAAACCCCAUGCUUUGUGCGUACUAUGACGUACCGAUCCAGUGUGGUUGUCGGGCAAAAGGCUGUGUUUUCCAGCGUUGUUUCUGGUUCAGCCUGGCGACAUUCCCUGGAUAUGGCAGAAAAUGCAAUGGAGACCGGAGGGAAGCACUUUCUCAGACAAAGGCAAGUCCUUCUUCUCUUUGUUUUUCUGGGUGGGUCUCUGGCCGGGUCUGAGUCAAGACGCUAUUCUGUGGCUGAGGAAAAAGACAGAGGCUUUUUAGUAGCCAACCUGGCAAAGGAUCUGGGGCUGAGGGUAGAGGAACUGGCAGCGAGGAGGAUCCAAGUUGUGUCCAAAGGAAAUAAGCAGCAUUUUCAAUUCAAUCAUCAGACUGGUAAUUUGCUUCUGAAUGAGAGAUUGGACCGGGAGGAGCUAUGCGGCCCCACAGAGCCAUGUAUACUGCAUUUUCAGAUAUUACUGCAAAACCCUUUGCAGUUUGUUACAAAUGAGCUCCUGAUUAUAGAUAUAAAUGAUCACUCUCCGGUGUUCUUUGAAAAUGAAAUGCAGCUGCAAAUCCUAGAAAGCACUCCGCCAGGAGCAGUAAUUCCUUUGGGAAAUGCUGAGGACUUGGAUGUGGGAAGAAACAGUCUCCAAAACUACACGGUUGCCCCGAAUAUCCACUUCCAUGUACUCACACGCAGUCGCAGGGACGGAAAGAAGUACCCAGAACUCGUGCUGGACAAAGCGCUGGAUCGAGAGGAGCAGCCGGGGCUCAGGUUAACGCUCACCGCACUGGAUGGCGGCUCUCCGCCGCGCUCUGGGACCGCCCAGGUCAACAUCCUCGUCUUAGAUAUAAACGACAACGCCCCAGAGUUUGCUCAGUCGCUCUACGAGGUGCAUAUUCUAGAAAACAGCUCCGUUAACUCUGUCAUUGUCACGGUCUCAGCUUCUGAUUUAGAUACAGGGAAUUUUGGGACAGUAUCGUAUGCAUUUUCCCAUGCUUCUGAAGAAAUUCGCAAAACUUUCCAACUAAAUCCAAUCACUGGUGAUAUGCAACUAGCCAAAUGUUUGGAUUUUGAAACGAUUGAUACUUAUGAAGUGGACAUCGAGGCCAAGGAUGGCGGAGGCCUUUCGGGAAAAUCUACAGUCAUAGUUAAAGUGGUUGAUGUAAACGACAACCCUCCAGAGCUGACCUUGUCCUCAGUAAACAGCCCCAUCCCUGAGAACUCGGUAGAGACUGUGGUGGCUGUUUUCAGUGUUUCUGAUAUGGACUCUGGAGACAAUGGAAGAGUGAUGUGUUCCAUCGACAACAAUCUUCCCUUCACCCUGAAACCAUCUGUAGAGAAUUUUUACACCCUAGUGUCAGAAGCCGCGCUAGACAGAGAGAGCAGAGCCGAGUACAACGUCACCAUCACCGCCACCGACCUGGGGACUCCCCCGCUGAAGACCCAGCACCACGUCACCGUGCGGGUCUCCGACGUCAACGACAACGCCCCCGCCUUCACCCAGGCCGUCUACACCCUGCUGGUCCGCGAGAACAACCGCCCCGCCCUGCACAUCGGCAGCGUCAGCGCCACCGACGCGGACGCGGGCGCCAACGCCCAGGUCACCUACUCGCUGCUGCCGCCCCCCGACCCGCGGCUGGCGCCGGCCGCCCUGGUGUCCGUGAACGCCGACAGCGGCCAGCUGUUCGCGCUGCGCUCGCUGGACUACGAGGCCCUGCGCGCCUUCGAGCUCCGCGUGGGCGCCGCCGACCGCGGCUCGCCGGCGCUGAGCAGCCAGGCGCUGGUGCGCGUGCAGGUGCUG